UGUUAUAUCACUUCGCUGCGGCUUAAGAAGGCAACUUUUCUAGCUUCGAGUCUCCUUAGAUCCAAAAGUUUUGCUUGAAAAGGCGAGGCAACAUUACCCAAACGCAAUCUAGAAAUUAACCGAAUGAGCAUGUAUUUCUUCUCAAAUUGCGUCAAUUCUGUGCGCCCCGCACUGAAGUCGAGGGAUUUCAAUUUUUUUUAUUUCCUUCAGGGCUAAAAUGCUGAAAAGUUUACUAUUUCAGGAUGUCCUCAGUCAAAAACAGGCUCUUAAUGACAACUAUAGCGACUCGCUUUACGAUGAGUCGUCUUCUUGCAGCUUCAAAAUGGAAUCAGAGGAGUCGCACAAGCAGCGGGAGGAGAAUGUGGACAAGGAGUUGCUGUUCGAAUACAUGGAGAAGUUGGAGAGGAAGGAGAGGGAGAGGGAACAGAAGAAGGAACAGAGGAGACUGAAGCGACAAGGGAAAAAUGCAAAGCAGGGAGACAUAAAUAACCUUCAGGCCAACCCCCAUGAUAUCGCCGGGGUCACAACAGCGCUGAUCGCCACCAAUUGCGAAGGCCAGACAAACAGACGAACAUCGCCUGUGCCACUGGCAGCCAAUCCACGACCAAACGAAACGAGACCAAUUUCAAUUGUGAAACCUAUGAUCGAAGGCCGACCGGUGAUGUCAACGAGUUCAGCGGGUCGCGCCGCCGGUGAAAAUGGGGCUGGGCACGUAGCUGACACGAAGAGAUUCAAUAGCGACUCGGCUUGCCCAAUAAGUGUGCACGUGGUAGAUGCACAGGUGUCAACUGAUGAUGAGCCUUCUUCAUUUAAAAGAAGGGGUUCAAAUGAGAACGGAGGGGCUAAAUUGUCUAGGAUGAAUUCAAUGCCUAUCAACUCGCGAAAUCGCGACUCAGACCGCGAAUCGGACCAAGGCAGUGUGUUCUCUUCAGUGUCCGCUCGAGGGAGCAACUACUCAGUAGUCGUUCUCUCCAGGGGCGAGAGCGAAGACAAGGGUACACAAACACUCGAGUGUCGAGUGAACGAAGCAAACCCACCAGCUGGACGAGAGGACGAGACUCCCUCUGCAACUGGGAGGCCACUGAGGUCACCAGGGCUGAACUCCAGAAACAGUUCAAUCAUAGCUCACGAGUUCAGUCUCCCAUCUCUAGAGGAAACUAAAGACGACAUUGAAAGUGACAUCUCUGAAAACGACAAUUUGCCAUACUCCCCUCUAAUUUACCCCACUACCAAGUCGACAUCCAGCCGAGGAGCCCCACCCAUGUUGGAAAGAUCGAACACUUCGCCGCAUGUUCACAGACCAGGAAUGCUAGUACAUCAGGCUACACAUCAAAGGAGAACCCUGAUGGGACUGAAGAGACAACAGAGGGUGGAGGAGGCUGCAAACGUGAGUGAUGAUGAACCCUCAAUGGGGUCUGAAGGAGUGGAAGGGGGUUCUGGAGAGGAUGGGGUAGUGACUACUGAGUCGCCUGAGAAAGGACCAACGCAUGAUCCUAUUAACGGACACAGUGUCUCUCCCUCGCAAUUUGGUUUUGACUCCAACCCCAACCUGGAGAGAUCUGCAAUUGGCUCAGAUUAUCAGCCAAUCACGAAGCGAGGCGCAAUUCCAUGUAGAUACGAGAGACAUAGUAUAUCCCGAUCCAACACGGUGUCCGUUCGGAGAAUGGACAGUCUAGAAGUGCCCUCUUUCCACCCACUCGGCCGAAGGCUCAGAAGAAAGAAAAUGGGCAGUGGUCCUAACAAAGCAGACAGUCGAAAACCCGAGUCAGGCAACCUGUCCUUGUCAAUGGCUCUCAGCGGGAAAUCAAAGCGACACCAAUACGCUACCAACAAUCCGAGCCUCUCCUGUGACGUCACAACUCCCUCCAUCCGAGAUCACGUGACCACCACUCCCUUCUCGGUAUCUAUUGACACAGACGAUAACUUGUACGCGCCCGCAGCCUCAACGUCCGGAUCUCGAUUCCUGGAUCCCUCGGAUUACUGUGGAAACCGGCAGGGAGGGUCUUCUUGCAGCUCUAUAUAUCUAGAGGUCAGCCCACCGGACUUCAUGAGAUCCCAUCCGAGGAGUCGAGUACCCAAACAGGUUUCGGAAGACAGUCAACACUCGGUCACUCUCCAGUUGCGGCCAAGCGGGGAGAGUAACCAAGGCGAUGACAUCACUCCCGACGAGCACCUUUCGUCACCCGAAAUCACUAGGAGAAGAUCUCACUGGGAACAACUGACCCCGGCGUCUGUAAGGUCAAAGUUCAAAGUGGACCCGAGAUCAGACUUGCCCAAAUUACACCGAGCUCCUACCAUAACGAUAGAUCAUGACGUCAGCAGCCACAUCGAAUCACCUAGAAGCCCAACCACGCACGGCAUCUCGCCUCGCAAGAAACUAUAUGUCAGCGACUCACAUUUGAACAGCAACCAACAAUCAAAAGCAACCCAGGUCUCACCUCAUUCUAUGCAAGCAACUAGCCGAAAAACGAACCAGACGAACGCUAAUCAAUCAAGCUCAUUUGAGUCCCCAUCGCUGCCACCUACUUUCGGCCAAUUGACUGACGCCCCAUUUACACAAUCAGAAGUGCAUGAUUUUAACCUGCAGCAAAACUUCGGCGGAAGAAACCAAUCCACAAAUUUGCCAAAUCACGAGUGUUCUAAUUCAGAGUGCUAAUUAAACCAUUACUUAUAUUA